AUGGCAAUCAUGGAUUCUGGUCUCACUUUCGGACGUGUAUCUCAAAUGAUUCUCCAAUUAACUACUUUCACAUUCAUUGCGACCAUUCUCUAUGUUUUCAGCACCAUAAUAUACAAUCUAUAUUUCCAUCCUCUGUCCAAAUUUCCUGGUCCCAAAUUAUUCGCCUCGAGUCAAAUCUUCAGCAUCUAUCACCAUUGCAGUGGUACCCUACCUCAAAAAAUCGCCUCGCUACAUGAAACCUACGGUCACGUGGUACGAACCGCUCCAGACACAUUAUCCUUUACCAGCGCGCAAGCCUUUCAAGAUAUCUAUGCGAGGAAGAAUGGACGACCGCCAUUUCCUAAAGAUCCUAUUCUAUAUACGCAGCCGGCAGAAGGAGAGAAAUCUAGUAUUCUAGCCGUGAUUGAUGAUAAAGAUCAUGCUCGCUAUCGACGCUUACUAUCACAUGCAUUUUCUGAAAAGGCACUGAGGGAACAAGAACCACUGAUUCAAAAAUACAUAGAUCUUCUCAUCCAGCGACUUUAUGAAAAUGAAGAAAAGGGAUACCAGAAUAUGGUUCAUUGGUAUAACUUCACCACAUUCGAUAUCAUCGGCGAUCUAACCUUCGGAGAUUCAUUCGGAUGUUUGGAUAAAAGUGAUUACCAUCCUUGGGUUUCCUUUAUAUUUACAUCAUUCAAAGCAGCUGCAUUUAUGUCUGCCGCGAAGAGAUUCGGUCCGCUUGUAAAAAAGGUCUUGGAUAAAUUGAUACCGAAAAAUUUGAUCCAGCAACGACGAAAUCAUCAAGAACUUACACAUUCGAAAGUAGCCGAGCGACUGGAGCAGAAAACAGAGAGGAAGGAUUUCAUGACAUAUAUCUUGCGUAAUAAUGAUACGGAAAAUGGUAUGUCGGUUCCAGAAAUUAAAGCUACGGCCGGUGUACUCUUGCUUGCAGGGAGUGAAACGACAGCGACGCUUUUAAGUGCUGUUACGUAUUACUUAUUGAAGGAGGGAAAUGAGGAGAUUUUGGCAAAGUUGACGCGCGAGAUUCGAACGAGUUUUGAGAAUGAAGAGGAGAUUCAUAUGGGCAGUGUGAAUAAAUUGAAAUAUCAACUUGCGGUCUUGGAAGAAGCGAUGCGGAUUUUUCCACCCGCGCCAUCUGGUGGUCCAAGAAUUGUUCCUGGGGAUGGACAAUGGGUGGGUGGAUAUUGGGUUCCGGGUGGUACAAAUAUAUCAUGCCUCGCCUACGCUUCACACCGCCACUCACUCAAUUUCACCAACCCCAAUGCAUUUAUCCCCGAAAGAUGGCUCGCUACAGAUACAGAUACACCCGGAAAUAAUCUUAAUCUUACAAAUAAUGAGAAAGGAGCUCAUCAACCUUUUAGUCUUGGACCGCGAAAUUGCAUCGGAAUUAAUCUCGCCUACGCAGAAAUGCGCCUAAUUCUCGCGCGGAUCCUAUGGAAUUUCGAUCUGGAACUUGCGCCUGAGAGUAAGAAUUGGGGGGAAGAUAUGAAGAUUUUUUUGUUGUGGGAGAAACCGGAGCUUUUGGUAAGGUUGAGGGGGGUUAGGGGUAGGGAGUAG